AUGUUAAGAUCAAAAUAUAAGAAGAAUUUAUAUGCUUUACUUGAGGAAAAAGAGUUUAAUGUUGCUGCUUUCAAUAAACUUCAUCAUAGUGUUGAACUUACUCCUGUUAAAUUACCUAAAGUUUUUAGAAUUCUUGAAGAAUAUAUCACUAAAAAUUUUACAAAUGAAGUUAACGUUGUUAAAGCAACAAGAACAAUGGGAGAAUUAUCAAAUAAUUGUCGUGAACAUUUAGCAUUAAUGGAUGAAAGAAUUGUUCGAGUUAUUAGACAAUGUCUUGGAUCAGCUAAUCCAAAAAUUAAACAAGCAGGGAUGCAGUUAUUAGGGUAUUAUGUAAAGGCUUGUAAUGAAACAUCAAUUCGUGCAAAUUUUGAUGAAAUUAAAAACCUUCCAUUAGAUUUAACAAAAAGUGCAGUUAAUGAUACAAAAGAUUCUGAACAAGCAUUAGGGGCAUUAAAAGAUUGUGUAUUAAUAUUCCAAAUGGUAUCAGAAAUUGAUCAAAUUUUAGGGUCAAAAACAGUAUUACGAGUAAUUUUUGAUUGUUUAAAUAAGAAUGAAACGAACGAAGCAGCAAAAGACAUUGUACUUGAUAUUGUUAGUUCAAUUACAGAUAAGAUAACAAUGACUAAAUUUAUGGAUGGGAUUAAAGACUAUUUAGACUCAUCUCAAAAAUGGGAGAAUAAAUUAUCACAAGAAUUAAUUGUUGAAAUUUCUGGACUAAUUAAAGUAACAAUGAAAGAUGUAAUGAUUCAAUCUAUAUUAGACCAUAUUCCAAAGACAGAAUCUAUCUCUGUUAAAUUAUCACAAUUAAAAUUAGUACAAAAAUUAGUUGAUGGAAGAAAUGAUAUUUCAGCUGAUUUAUUAAGGAAAAUUCAUUCAUUAUUUACUUUCUCUAUUACUUCAUAUGAUGAUUUAGAAAAUUCAGAAGCAAAAGAAUUUAUUAAUGAAGUGUUUGAUUUAAUUCAAAAAACAUUAGAAUUAGUUAAUGAUGAUUUAAUAAAAAGUGAUUUUUGUUCAUUUGUAUUUAGUGAAAGUGACAAUUCAUCAGAAUCUAAAAGAUUUUUAAAUACAGUAUUACUGAUUAAAAUUGUUCCAUUAAUUAAAAGGGAUGUUAUUCAACGCAUUGAUAGAAUACCUUUUAUUAAGUUUUUAAGUAAUUUGGUUUUUUCAAAUCAUGAAAUUCGUUCAAACUCAGUUAAAGUUAUUCGUGAAUUUUUAUUUGGAAGUGAUGAAGUAAUUACACAACAAAAUAAUGAUAUUGUAUUCUCUACUCAAAUUAAAUAUGACUUAGCUGAAAGUUUAUUACAAUCAUCUACUAAAACAGAUGAACUGGUUCAAAUUUAUAAUUUGUGGAGAGAUAUUAUUCUUGGAGGUGAAUUAAAUGAAUUGGUUGAAACUAUUCCAUUAAUUGGAUAUAUGUCAAAAAGAAUACAAAAACUAGACGCUAAACAUCGUAAUUAUGUCCACUAUAUCAUUCUUAUGUUACUUAAAACAAUUUCAAUCAAAUAUAAUAUUGAAGAACUUGCAACAUAUUUAGAUGAAAGAAUGAAAGGUAUAGAACGUUAUUAUGAUGUUACUGAACUCAACUUAAAGAUUAAUAAAGCAACAAAAGAGUAUGAAGAUAUUAGUCAAUUUAUUGUUAAACAAAGUGAGGUUGUUGAUAUAUUAAAGGCUUCUGACAUUUCUAAUAAAAUACCAAAUAUUAAUAAAUUAAAUGAUGAAAUUACAUCAAAAGAUAAAAACAAACAUAAGGCAACGUCAUCUAAGUUAAUAAGUAACAAUAAGUCUAUUGGUAAUAACGACCAUCAUAAUGAAAAAAUUAUAACAACUAAUGUUGACUUUAAUACUCUAAAGAAAGCUUGUUUGCAUAAUAGAAAUGAGAGUAAAAAUGAAACAAAAACAGAACAAUCAUUCGAAGGUUUGAUGAAGGAAUAUCAAGAAAUGAAAAAACAAGAAGAUGAUUUGAUCAAAGAAAUUGAAGAGAUAGUCAAAGGAGUUGAUGAUGUAAAUACUGUCGUUGAUGCAAAAGAAUUAUAUGGAGAAGUUAAUUGGGUUUUUGAGUUGUGA